CCGGCGGGGAGGACGCUGCCUGCGACACCCGCCGAGCGGCGCCCCCCGGAGCGCCCCGCUGUCGCCCCGCGGGGACGAUGAGGGCGGAGGGCGCCGACCACUCGAUGAUCAACCUGUCGGUGCAGCAGGUCCUGAGCCUCUGGGCCCAUGGCACGGUGCUGAGGAACCUCACGGAAAUGUGGUACUGGAUCUUCCUCUGGGCUCUCUUCUCCUCUCUGUUUGUCCACGGUGCUGCAGGCGUGCUGAUGUUUGUGAUGCUGCAGAGGCACAGGCAGGGCAGAGUGAUCUCCGUCAUUGCUGUCAGCAUCGGGUUUCUGGCUUCUGUAACUGGAGCAAUGAUUACUAGUGCAGCAGUGGCAGGCAUCUACAGAGUAGCUGGGAAGAACAUGGCCCCCCUGGAAGCCCUGGUGUGGGGCGUGGGGCAGACUGUACUGACGCUUAUCAUCUCCUUUUCAAGGAUCCUUGCGACACUUUGAAGUUCUGAGGGAAUGUCUUCAUAACUAAGGAAAUGGAUGUACAGCUUCCCCGGAAAUGGCAUUCACCAGCUAAAAUGCAAUGGUACAAGUGGGGACCCAGCAAGUCAAAAACCUAAGGAAGACCUUGAGACCUGUGGAAAGCCUGCCCUCUGGCGUCCAAGCGAUUGCACUACCGCACUGCACCUUAUGUGCCUCCAUCCCAGGCAAGGUGCACAAGACACUAUGUGAAGCUGCAAGAAAAAGCACCUUGUUUAGCUGCCAAUCAGGUUAACAUUGGUGUUGAAAUCAUUGUUCUAAACAGUGUUGUGUUAAGUUACAGAAACGUUUUGAGAAAUUGAUCUAUGUGCCAAACUUUUCUUUCUGUUAACACUGAUCAUGUGACAGUUCACAAGUGUAGAUGUAGGUGAGUGCUGUGAAUAUACUUGACAUGGAUUCAGGUAACAUAGUCAGAUUUUGUUUUGUUAUGCUAACUCUCAUGAAUACUGGAUACUGGGCUUUCAAUACUAAGGAAAGCAUUUGGUUUUUAAAGCUGUGUUUCUGGGAGUUGGGGCUUUAAUAUGUCUAUGUGUUGUUAUUUAAUUUAUGUGAAAAACAAUAGUCUUCUUAAUGGAGGAUUAGCUGAGCUGUUCUAAGGACUCAAAUAGACUUGUAGGGUGCGUACUUUUCAGUAACUUAGACCCUUUUAAUGGUUUCCCUCAUAUAUCAUAUUCUAUUUAUAUGGAUUCAAAACCUUUAUGGGUCAAACACAUUGUCACUUGUGUCUCAUAAAAAUUUAAUUUGAAAUUUUAUUUAUAAAUUUUGUAAGAAAAAGUCUGAAAUGCAUGUUGCAUUCCUUGACUCUAAAGUUUUUUGCC